AGGUUUCAUGACGCAGGUUGUUUUGCCAAGUUUUAAUCAAAGCGUAAAAAUGUUAUCAUACUGCUGUCAUUUACUUCCUUCUGAACCAACCUUGAGACGGAAAUUGAAAUAUUUUUUAAGAAUCAGAAAAUAUGUUUCAAUAUAAUCAAGAGCUAGAGACGUAUUAGAGCUACUGGGAUGGUUUGUUUUGCUGUUGAAUCUUGAAAGGGUCAUAUGAUUUCACUGCUAUUGUACAAGAAUCCAAAAAUGAUAUACCAUUAAUACUGACCAUUUAAGUCUUCCAAUGCAGGUGCAACAUUCCUCAGUCCACAAAUUGCUUGAAAUAUUCAACGAUAUUUUCCAUUCAUUUAGCCAAAUCUAAGUAUUAUUUCAUCCCCGCUAUCAGGCUUGCAUCUUUCAAGGUUAUCGACAUCUUUCAUCAUUGUUUCCAGUUAUCAUUCUCCUCUCUAUGGUCUUUUCUUUUGCAAGUUAUUUAUUUGUGUCCAAGACCUUUGAGAAUGUUACUUUUUGUAGCGAAUUAGACAUCAUAAAAUGGCUAGCGAUGUCAGGUGCAAUUUCUUUUUAUGUUUCUGGUUCAGUGUUGCACAAAGUCGUACUCUUAUUUACUGAAAUGAUCCGAACAACAGAGUUAGCAUUAAUAAGUGUUAAGAGGGCUUGCAAAAUUUGAAUUAUAAUUGAGCUCAUAAACUUAAAAAGAACAAAAAUGCUAAACCGUGGAAUGAUCGAAGGGAGAGUCGACAUAAUCUGCCGAUAAAGGUAAUAAAGUUGUCUAAGAACUUUUCGCUUUUAGUAAAUAGAGGCUUCAUCUAGGUCUGUCACAUUCUGACCAUUUAAAUCCACUCGCGACUCUUAUUUGACAAACAUUUCUGUUGCACCACACCUGUAGAACCUUAUCUUUAUCGUGCCAUUGAUGAACUGAAGAGAAAUCAGCCAUAAAUCCAGAAUUAAGUCGUGGUAGUAAACUGGUAGUUAGAACACUGAGGUGUGCAUGUAGUUUGUGUAACUGCCUCGUAUAAACAUCUUGCGUUGCUGCCUGGUUUUCUGAGAAUGCCAAAAUCGUUGAAGGAGCGUAGAAAUAGUGGCGGCGCUCGAAAGAAGUCGUGGAUUGCGUGGCCGAAUGCUAAAAAAUCGUAUUUGAAGCGAAUGCUAAGAGAUGAGAGGGAUGCAGUACAGAAGAAAGUUUUUAGAAAAUGGAUCAAUAGUCACAUCAGAAAGGUGGGCGAGGAAGUCCAUGACAUUUUCUACGAUUUGCAAGAUGGAAGGGCUCUUGUUACCUUAUUGGAGCUGCUCAGCGGGGAAAAGUUGCUCAAAGAAAAGUCUGGCUUGCGGCUGCAUAAGAUGCAGAAUGUGCAACAAUGUCUUAGGCUUUUGGCAUCAAGAAAGGUGAAAUUUGUCAACAUAAGAAGUGACGACAUCGUUGAUGGAAAUCCCAAACUCACUCUUGGCUUGAUCUGGAUAAUUAUCCUGCAUUUUCAGGUUUCCACUGUGAAAGAAAUUUUCAAGCAAGAGCAACUCACGCCAAAGGAAGCAUUGAUAAUUUGGUGCAAGGAAUUAGCGGAUGGGUACCCUGGUGUGCGCAUUGAGAACUUCACGACGGCUUGGAAGGACGGUCUUGCCUUUAACGCCGUGGUUCAUAGGCACAGGCCCGACUUGAUCGAUUUCACAUAUGUACGAAACCUGAAGCCAGAUGCCAGGAUGGAUUACCUCUUCAGAGUUGCAGAAAGAGAUCUUGGGGUCAUUGGGCUGCUUGAGCCGGAAGACAUGCUUGGCGCAGAAGUUGACGAGAAGGCAGUGCUUACCUACGUUUCAUCUUUAUACCGAGCGCUACCCUCCGUUCCCCCACAAACUCGUAUGCAGAGUGAAGAGGAAAGGCAGCAAGCCUACUUCGAGUACUGUACCAAGGCCAAGAAAAUCAUCACUUGGAUCAAGAAUAUGAUUAGCCACGUGAAGAGCCGGGAAUUUCCCACCACUCUUUUCGCAAUGAAGGAUAUUGUUGCCCAGCACAAAUUCUUGAAGGUGGAAAUAAUGCCGAACAAGGACCACGAGAGAAGGAGCCUCAAAUACCUUAUCCGGGAUCUUCAGGCAAUGUAUGACCCAAAAAUCAAGUUCCUUGAUGUUGCAGAAGGAUUGCAUCCGAGGGUGGCUGAUGAGUUAUGGGCAGAGUUGUUGAUUGCGGUGGAAGAACGCACCAAGGCGUUGAAUAUCGAACUCUCCAGGUUGGAGCACCUGCAAAAGAUUGCCGAGAAAACAGAGAAAGAGGCUGCUGCUUUAGAAAAGGCUCUGGACAAAAUUGACGAAGAGGCUAAUUCGAUCGAAGUAAAAGCAGACGAGCUGGGGUCUGGUGAAGUGCGAAGACGACAUAUACAACUAGACAAGGCGCUUAUGGUUUUUGAACCAACGGUGAAAACCCUUAUUGCUAAUGUCGAGAUUUUGCUCAGUGGAAAGCACGACGAGGCAGAGGAAAUUCAAGUCAGAGUGAAGAACAUAGCGAGCCGCUGGCAAUUGCUGAAGCUGCGUAUCACAACCAUUAUUGAGAAGGAGACAACAAUGGAACUUAAAAGGACGUCGAGGAUGAGCGGGCACCAGAUCCAAGUUACAAGAGACACGACUGUCUCCGAUGAACCGUUUGACUCUCAAAUCGAAAUUGAACCAGGUGUUAUGCUUGAUGCUGCCGACCUUGAAGGAUACAACGUGCAGUACAAGACAACGAAAACAGUGGUGACCGUGCGUAGCAAUGUCACUGAGGAGGAGAUAGAAGAAACAGAGCGUGUUCGCAAGGUGGAGUCUGAAAUGACCGAAGAUGAAAUAGCUGUUUUCACAGAGGCUGGGUUGGAGCAGGGCGCAGGCGUGUUGCAGGAGAAGAAAGGAAAAUCAAAGGAGGCUGAAAGUGUGAUUGGCGAUGCAGGCCCGGGCGAGGCUGGCUCGUCCGAAAGCACACCCGCCUCGCCGGCCGAGCACGCAAGCUCACCCAGUGCGCAGGACGAGUCCAUGAGCGAGGCAAUGAGUGAAGCAAUGAGCGAAACAAGUAGUACAAUGGAGGAUCCUGAGCGACGCAGACGUUCAAGAAAACGACGCAGCAGGGUAAAGUUGCCCGGCAUCUUUGCAUGCACCAGGAAGACAGGCUCUGUUAUUUCAAGUUCGAGUGAUGAGGAGGAUAAUAGGCCUGUCAAAAUGAAACCUGGCCAAACUGGAGACCAAUUUUCGAGUGCAAAAUUUCAGGAGAUAGAAAUUACUUUGUCAUGGAUUGCAUCGAGAAAGGCGAUUUUGGAUAAGAACGAAUUUGGUUUUGAUUUACCAACAAACGAAAGACUUUUGGAAGAAAACGACCAGCUUCAUAAAGAGAUUCACCAGUUUCAAAGCGAGGUUGAUAAAACCUGCAGCCUUCAGAUGAAUGAUCCUCCACCAGAAAUCAUCGUCAAGAUUGAGGAAGUUCGAGCUUCAUAUGCGAAGCUUAUGGAUUUGUGCAUUAAGCGAAAGCGAAACCUGACAUUCUUGGUUCAUUUUAUGAAAGAAGCCACCAACGAACUGCUCUGGAUGAGCCAGAAGGAGGAAACCGAAGUAUCACGUGACUGGUCUGAUAAAAGCCUCGACCUGGUGGAAAUCGACCAAUACAGAAAGGAAUGGGACGAUGAAUUCAAGGAGCAUAAAGCGAAUUACAACGCGAUUACACAGAAAGGGAACGACUUGAUGAACGACCAGCACCCUGGAUCUGCAGCCAUUGCGGCCUACAUCGAGGUUAUGUCAACGCAAUGGAAUUGGUUGCUACAACUGCGAAUUGCCCUGGACAAGCACAUGGAGCACACCCAAGUUUAUGUGCAGUUUUAUCACAGUGCACAUGAAAUAGAAAAAUGGCUGACCGUCAGAGUUAACUUGCUGACAUCAAUGUUCGAAGGACUGCAGGUUACAAACGAGUCGGUUCUGAACGAGCUUAUAGGAAAAAUGAAGGCCAUGAAGCAAGAGUUGCUGGACCAAAAGGAUUCCGUGAGUUCGCUCCAGUCUUUGGGCAAGCGAGUGAUUCCAUUGGAGUACCGUCGAAUUCCAUUGAGGGAACCAAAAGUAGUUGUCUCUACAUGUGAAUAUAAGCAAGCCACGGUGCCAGUGUUAAGUGACAAAGAAUAUAACCUUAACGAGAAUUCUGACCACCACAAAUGGAAGUUACAAGACAAAAAUGAAGACGAAUUCGAGGCACCAUCAGUCUGCUUUGUGAUUCCUUCACCUGACCCCGAGGCCCUAGAUCUCACAACGAGAAUUGAAAUCCAGUACAAACAUUUACUGACACUUUGGAGGAAUCGAUAUUGGCAUCUAAAGCAAGCAUUAUCGGCAUCAGAGUCGCCUUCCGGAGUUAAGGUUGUGCACACCGUUGCUGGAGAAAAGAUAAUUGAACCCGAGUUCUUUGCUUCGGGAAGUGUUGACAUUGAAGAUCUGUUAAAAGAAAUUGGCCAGCAUGUUGGACCAAUCGAUGACGAAGAAACGGACGAAGAACUCGCUUUUAUAAACAGGCAAUGGGAGAAAGAAGAUAUUUUGUCUCCAAAGCAGGAUGAAAGAGAGGCCGAAGCGGAUAUCGUACCCGAAGAAGAGGUUUUGGCUGUCUCCGAAGAUCAGGCUGAACAAACUCCCGGAGAAGAAGUUCCUGAAGCGGAGGACGAGCUGCCGCAGGAAUCUGCAGUACCAGACUUUGAAGAGGAGCUUAAUUUAUCUGUGGAAAAGUUGCUAACUUGGUUGGUGUCUAUUGAAACGAGGCUCCGGUCAAAAGAGAUUGUUGCCAUGGAUGCAGAUUCGAGUGAAGACGAAAUUAGAGAAAUUGAGGUCACUUUGCAACAGAUGACGAAAGAACAACAGCAAUAUGAGAUGAUAGUUGAAAAACAACCAGAAGUUUCAAGCAUGCAGCUGCAAUAUAAAAUAGGUGUUCUUAUUGAGAAAUGGUCUUUGGUUUCUGAGAAGCUGAAGCAAUGGGACAAAAGGUUGAAGCAAGCGCAGGUAAUCCUGGAAAUUGCAACUGCACUUGACGAAUGGCUGUGCACUGUUGAAAGCGAGUUGAUAAGUCAGCCUGGAUUUACAAUGGACAUCGAAGUUGUUAGUCACAGACUUGCAAAAUUAAAGGAAAUUUUGAGGGAUUUUGAUUCAUCAACUGAAGACGUGGAGCGAUUGAGACACGCAUCGAAGGAGCUGGGCGACGUCGAGCUGAAGGAGACUUACACGAUUUUAAUGAGAUGGGAAAACGCCCUGAAUGAAACAAAACGACGAACAGAAACACUAGAAAGGAUACUCCCAAAGUUGGUUAAGUUUGAAGAUCAAAUCCGCACCGAGAUGGAAUGGGUUGUUACGAGAAAGGAAACGCUGGAUGCCCAGGUACCCGAAGCCCCCGAGGACCUUCCAAAACUCAAAAAGGAGUAUGAGGCUAUAUACGAAGAGCUUGAUUCACACCGAAAGCCAAUUCAACAGGUGUACACUGCUGGGGAGGAGUUCCUUACAGAAUCCGAGGUGUUUGAAAAUAGCCUUGAAGAAUAUCGAUCAUUCCUGGAGAACUGUGAAGACAAUAACGAUCGCUACAAGGACUCGAGGGACGGGCGAGAAGUUGUUGCAGAGCAGUUGCAGGAACUCGCACGGUUGCAUGCAAUUGUGUUACAAGAAGUGCCAAGACGAAUCGACUUGAUUCUGGAAGAAAUCGUCGAAGAGGAGGAGCAGUUCAGCGGAGAUGGAACCGAGGCCGAGGAGAAAGCAAAGGAAUGGGGCGAGAAAUGCGAGGCACUGUUAGAUUUUAUUGAGAAGGCAGAAGUAAAAUUGGCCAAGCAGGAGUUCAAAUUCAACGAGGGCUUGGAAACUGACAAAGAGUACUUCGAGAAUUUGUUAACCGAAGUGCACGAACAAGAGGACAAUGUUGAUCUCACAGUUGGGCGUGGCCGCCGAUUUCUCCAAGGAGCACGUUCGAAGCUCACCCCUGAGUUACGACUGAAUCUGGAAAGUAAAAUGACUGCCCUAGAAUUACGCUGGGCCAAGUUGCAGUCUGAAUGCGAAGGAAGAAAUCAAAAGCUUGAUAUGAUUCAUGGCAUGCUAAUGAAAUUCGAAGGAACGCUCAAUCCAUUUAUGACAUGGCUACAAUCUGCGGAGGAGCAGGCUGCUUGUUUCCAUAUCAACGCACCCGAUUCAGAGAGCGUGCGAGAACUGAUGAAGAAGCACCAGCAAUUUGUUGAUGCAGUGAAACGGAGGGAAGUUGAUCUCCAGAAAGUGAAUCACCAUGGGGAGGCAUUUCUGGCAGAAGCAAAGGCUUUCCAAAAGGAGCUGGAAAAUUACCUUGCAAGUGUACCUGAAGCAAUUUCAUCAGCUGUCGGUUCUAGUGGACAAACAUGGGUCCUCGAGCAGAAAUUGCAUAACAUAAAUGACCGAUAUAGAAAGCUGAUCAGAGCAAUUCACUUCAAGGGGAAUUUGUUGAACGAAUCAUUGCAGAAGCAUCUUGAGUAUGAUGAAAAAGUGAACAACUUUAUGCCAUGGCUGGUUGAUAUCGAGAGAAAGUUUACGAAGGAAUCCCAGGAAGCUGUGCCUUCGGAUUCCAAGAAGAUAUUGAAGAGAAUUGAAGUAAUCAAGGUCUUUCAGAAUGCGUUAGAAGAGAAUUACGUAGAAGUCGUCGGCAUCCGCAUGGCUGGUGAAAUUCUGUCAGGCCUCGACAAGCGAGACAUCGAACAUGCUGUCGGUUGUUACGUCACCACCCAACCUCCAGGUACCUGGAUUCGAACGACAACAGCAAUCGCGAAACGGUUUGAAGAGGUGAAAGUAAACUUUUCUGGCCUGAACAGCCGGCUGCAGACAGUUUUGGUGACCGUUCAGAACUUCAAAGAUGGCCUUGACUCUAUGUACAAGUGGAGCGAGCAGACAAAGAAAACUUUCGAAAGAAUGACAGCAGUUACUUUCGAUAUUUAUAUUCUCCAGCAGCAAAUCAGAGAAAUAAAGACGAUGUCUCUGGACAUAGAGGGCCGCAAAGCCAGUCAAGACGCACUCAAUGAGACGUACAAUUUGAAGAGAAGAGAUGGUCAGGCGCAGAAGUAUCACGAGAGAAUGCAGAAGAUCAAUCGAGCCUUUUCAGAGUUGCAAUUCAAAACUGGAAGAAGGAAGGAUGACAUUGUAUCUGUGUAUCAGAAGAUCGUUGUCCAGUUUGAAGAGUGGCUUAUCAAAGUGAAGAAGCGGUUAGACUCGGGCGAGGUUUUGACAACUGACAUCAUUCUGUUUGAGGAGCAGCUGACUCGAAUCACCGAAGAUGUUGAAUCGCACAGAUACGAUUUCCAGCUGAUAAACCAAUGCGGACACGAGCUUGUCAACCUAGAGCAAGACCGAAAGUCGUCCCACCUCUUGCCGAUACUCGACAGUGUAAACAAGAACUGGCAGGCUGUGGCACUCCAAUUGAUUAACCAUAGUCGGCGAUUUGACGAAGUUGUGAAGUGCGCAGAGAAGUAUCAUGGUAUAAAGCAGCCUUUGAUGUUGUGGUUGGACAAAAUGGAGGGGAAAGUAACAACACUGCGUCCUGUUUCUGUUCAACCUCACAUCGUGUUGGAGCAAAUGUCUGAACAGAAAAUGCUCCUUAAUGAGACUUACAAUCAAAAAGGCACUGUUGAAAUUCUUACCAACAUAUCAAAGCAGUUGGCAGCCAUUGUCAAGAUCGAUAGCCAAGAACCCCAAAGUAUCAGUGCAAUCGAAGAGGAAGUUAAAUCAAUCCGAGAGAGAUUCACAGACGUUGUGACGAUCCUUGAGGCGAGGGGAUCUAACAUCGACGUGACUCUUUCUCAGACUGAUAAGUACAAUAUUGCAUUCAAUGAAGUAUCGAUGCUGAUGGAGAGUGCUGAAGGGUUCAUAUUGAGGCAAGGACCCAUUUCAGACGAUUUAGACGUUUUGCAGAAACAGCUUGGCGAGCAACGGGCUCUUCAGAAAGACUUGGCACAGGGAACACAAGAUGUAUACUACGUAUUGGGGCUGGGCAAUGAUCUUGUUGGCAAUCGUGACGACGUUGAUGGAGCGAAAUUAAUUCGAAAUCAGGUCGAUUCAAUUUCGGCCAAAUGGGAGGAAAUCAACCUCCAGGCGGGCGAGAGACAGCGUCAUCUGGAAGAUGCCGUCGCUAGAUCAUUUCAUCGUGACGUCACAGCGUUGCAAAACUGGUUGGACAGUACUGAAAGGGAAGUGAACAUUUUUGUGGGGAAAAAGCCUACAGAAACUGAAGUUGAGCAGUAUGUCCAGAAACUAAUGGAAGAAGCAAACGAUUAUGAACGUUUGAUAUUUGUUGUUCGUUUGAUUGCCAAUGAUUUGAUUCAGUCUGGUGGAAACGAAGCACAACAGAUUGUCAAAAUCAAGUCCCAUCUCGAUCAGAAAUGGACUGCGCUAAGCAAGAAGCUUCAAGGAACUGCUAUACUGAAAGGCCGAGUCACUCUGCGUCUUCUGUUUGAUGAAACUAAAUUCAAAGACUUGGAUGAUGAGUCCAUGACAAUCCUUCCUGAGACACGGAAGAGAAGAUUUACUGAAAGUCCUCAUGAAUGUGCAGUGGACAGCAAAGCCAUACAUAUUGAGAGAGGAACAGACGAAACUAUAUCAAACGGCGACCAUGAGCAGACACUGGUAGCUACUGGAGUAGAGCAGACGUUCUUACUGCAGCAAAACACUGUAAACGUUGAUCAAGAAACUAACAUAACAACGAUAGAAACACCUGGAAUCCAGGGAAGUCCCUUCACAAGUAUAGAGAUAAGACGGAAGGAUGAAAAGAAGCUGGAUGAAGACAAAAGCAGAGAAGUCGUUUUCAAGACCACGAAAAUAAAGCCUGUGAAACUAUCGUCGAUAGAAAAAGAGUUACCAAAAGAAAAUCAACUUAUUCAAGUUGAAAGGGUGUUUGUGACACGCAUUCUGAGGGAAAGAGAUGGCAGUGAACGUGUGGUGGAAAGCUCAGAAACUGUUUUACCAUAUGACGUUGGCCGGGAGGAGGAAGAAGAACCCGAGAAGGUUGAAGAAGUUAAAGACAGCCGUGGCCGUGUGACUAAGAGAAUAACAACUAGUGAAGUGUUUUUGGAAACAAGAAAGAAGCUGGUGAAAAAGAGUCAGGUUAUGCCAGAUGGAAGUGAGGAGCCUCUUGAAACAAAGGUUGCAGAACCAGAAGAUACCAAGGAGGUGAAGGCACCUGUAAUUAAACGCAUUGUAAAGCGUGUAGUGCAGCAACCAGAUGGAAGGGAAAGAGUGGUUGAAGAGCCGAAAUCUGUGAAACCAAUUGAAUUCACUGAGACUAAAGAGGAUUCGAAGCCAGAUGUAACUGAGAAGAGAGAAAGAGGCAAGCGUGUGCGCAUCUUCACGAAGAAGGUAGUUGAAACAUUCCAGAGGAAGACAGUGAAAAGAGUUACGAAAAAGCCAGACGGGAAGCAAGAAGGUCCUGUUGAAGAAGAGGUUUUAAAGCCAGUGGAACCUGUCAGCUACAGAAUAGUGCGAAAAACCGUGCAUCAUCCAGAUGGAACAGUUUCAACAAGUGAGGAGCCCGAUUUCAAAAUGCCAGAGGAUGCAAAAGAAAGCGUAGAAGAGAUAAAGGACAGACGUGGAAAUGUGGUGAGAAGAGUGACGACAAGGCCAGUUCCAAUGAUAACUGUGAGGCGAGUCUAUAGAACAAUCAUAAUUGCCCCAGACGGAAGAGAAGUCAGCGUCCAGGAAAGGGUUGAAGAACGAGAAAAAGAAAAAGGUGUUGAUGAGGUUAAAACAAGGAAAGAGGAGCACGAAGAGGUUGUUACCUUGAUGGACGUUGGUCAAGUAGAAUCUUUGCCAAGUGAACCGAGGGAAGAAAAGCUACCAUCUGAAGAGAAGACAGUUGUCUCGAAAGAUGGUAUUGAGAUAAGAAGAACAGUAACAAUUAGAAAGAGGAUUGUUAAGAGAAUAAUCGUCAUGCCGGACGGCACAAGAAGGGAAGUGGAAGAAGAGGUGGAAGAACCUGUUGAUACACCUGCAGGAGAUGACUAUCUCGUUAUUGACAGGGAAACUGAAAAGGUUACAAGAAGAGUAGAAGAGCCUGAGGAAAGACCGGAAAUGGUGCCAGAAAGAAAGCCAAGAAGAGAGCCAACGCAAAAGCCUGAUUCAGGGUUGAAAGAAGAACCAGAAGAGCCUAUUUCACGUAUGGUUGUUGUAGAAGACGAGUCAGCACCGAUGGAAUCUCCAGAAGAACCCGAGAAAGAAACUGUAACAUCGGUCACUGCAGAUGGUCGUGUUAUUCGAAAGACGGUGACUGUGAGGAAACGAAUUGUCAGGAGGAUCAUCCAGUUACCUGAUGGGACACGAAAAGAGAUUGAAGAGGAGGUUCCUGUUAGUGCAGAUGAGAAAGACAUUGUCGAAGGCAUGGAGGUCACUGUUGAUGGCAGAGAAGAAAGGGUGUUGCCAGUUGAGGAUGUGACUGUUGUUAGGAGAGAGACCACUCACAAAGAACCAAGACAUGUUGAAAGGGUGUUUGUGACACGCAUUCUGAGGGAAAGAGAUGGCAGUGAACGUGUGGUGGAAAGCUCAGAAACUGUUUUACCAUAUGACGUUGGCCGGGAGGAUGAAGAAGAACCCGAGAAGGUUGAAGAAGUUAAAGACAGCCGUGGCCGUGUGACUAAGAGAAUAACAACUAGUGAAGUGUUUUUGGAAACAAGAAGGAAGCUGGUGAAAAAGAGUCAGGUUAUGCCAGAUGGAAGUGAGGAGCCUCUUGAAACAAAGGUUGCAGAACCAGAAAAUACCAAGGAGGUGAAGGCACCUGUAAUUAAACGCAUUGUAAAGCGUGUAGUGCAGCAACCCGAUGGAAGGGAAAGAGUGGUUGAAGAGCCGAAAUCUGUGAAACCAAUUGAAUUCACUGAGACUAAAGAGGAUUCGAAGCCAGAUGUAAAUGAGAAGAGAGAAAGAGGCAAGCGUGUGCGCAUCUUCACGAAGAAGGUAGUUGAAACAUUCCAGAGGAAGACAGUGAAAAGAGUUACGAAAAAGCCAGACGGGAAGCAAGAAGGUCCUGUUGAAGAAGAGGUUUUAAAGCCAGUGGAACCUGUCAGCUACAGAAUAGUGCGAAAAACCGUUCAUCAUCCAGAUGGAACAGUUUCAACAAGUGAGGAGCCCGAUUUCAAAAUGCCAGAGGAUGCAAAAGAAAGCGUAGAAGAGAUAAAGGACAGACGUGGAAAUGUGGUGAGAAGAGUGACGACAAGGCCAGUUCCAAUGAUAACUGUGAGGCGAGUCUAUAGAACAAUCAUAAUUGCCCCAGACGGAAGAGAAGUCAGCGUCCAGGAAAGGGUUGAAGAACGAGAAAAAGAAAAAGGUGUUGAUGAGGUUAAAACAAGGAAAGAGGAGCACGAAGAGGUUGUUACCUUGAUGGACGUUGGUCAAGUAGAAUCUUUGCCAAGUGAACCGAGGGAAGAAAAGCUACCAUCUGAAGAGAAGACAGUUGUCUCGAAAGAUGGUAUUGAGAUAAGAAGAACAGUAACAAUUAGAAAGAGGAUUGUUAAGAGAAUAAUCGUCAUGCCGGACGGCACAAGAAGGGAAGUGGAAGAAGAGGUGGAAGAACCUGUUGAUACACCCGCAGGAGAUGACUAUCUCGUUAUUGACAGGGAAACUGAAAAGGUUACAAGAAGAGUAGAAGAGCCUGAGGAAAGACCGGAAAUGGUGCCAGAAAGAAAGCCAAGAAGAGAGCCAACGCAAAAGCCUGAUUCAGGGUUGAAAGAAGAACCAGAAGAGCCUAUUUCACGUAUGGUUGUUGUAGAAGACGAGUCAGCACCGAUGGAAACUCCAGAAGAACCCGAGAAAGAAACUGUAACAUCGGUCACUGCAGAUGGUCGUGUUAUUCGAAAGACGGUGACUGUGAGGAAACGAAUUGUCAGGAGGAUCAUCCAGUUACCUGAUGGGACACGAAAAGAGAUUGAAGAGGAGGUUCCUGUUAGUGCAGAUGAGAAAGACAUUGUCGAAGGCAUGGAGGUCACUGUUGAUGGCAGAGAAGAAAGGGUGUUGCCAGUUGAGGAUGUGACUGUUGUUAGGAGAGAGACCACUCACAAAGAACCAAGACAUGUUGAAAGGGUGUUUGUGACACGCAUUCUGAGGGAAAGAGAUGGCAGUGAACGUGUGGUGGAAAGCUCAGAAACUGUUUUACCAUAUGACGUUGGCCGGGAGGAUGAAGAAGAACCCGAGAAGGUUGAAGAAGUUAAAGACAGCCGUGGCCGUGUGACUAAGAGAAUAACAACUAGUGAAGUGUUUUUGGAAACAAGAAAGAAGCUGGUGAAAAAGAGUCAGGUUAUGCCAGAUGGAAGUGAGGAGCCUCUUGAAACAAAGGUUGCAGAACCAGAAGAUACCAAGGAGGUGAAGGCACCUGUAAUUAAACGCAUUGUAAAGCGUGUAGUGCAGCAACCAGAUGGAAGGGAAAGAGUGGUUGAAGAGCCGAAAUCUGUGAAACCAAUUGAAUUCACUGAGACUAAAGAGGAUUCGAAGCCAGAUGUAACUGAGAGGAGAGAAAGAGGCAAGCGUGUGCGCAUCUUCACGAAGAAGGUAGUUGAAACAUUCCAGAGGAAGACAGUGAAAAGAGUUACGAAAAAGCCAGACGGGAAGCAAGAAGGUCCUGUUGAAGAAGAGGUUUUAAAGCCAGUGGAACCUGUCAGCUACAGAAUAGUGCGAAAAACCGUUCAUCAUCCAGAUGGAACAGUUUCAACAAGUGAGGAGCCCGAUUUCAAAAUGCCAGAGGAUGCAAAAGAAAGCGUAGAAGAGAUAAAGGACAGACGUGGAAAUGUGGUGAGAAGAGUGACGACAAGGCCAGUUCCAAUGAUAACUGUGAGGCGAGUCUAUAGAACAAUCAUAAUUGCCCCAGACGGAAGAGAAGUCAGCGUCCAGGAAAGGGUUGAAGAACGAGAAAAAGAAAAAGGUGUUGAUGAGGUUAAAACAAGGAAAGAGGAGCACGAAGAGGUUGUUACCUUGAUGGACGUUGGUCAAGUAGAAUCUUUGCCAAGUGAACCGAGGGAAGAAAAGCUACCAUCUGAAGAGAAGACAGUUGUCUCGAAAGAUGGUACUGAGAUAAGAAGAACAGUAACAAUUAGAAAGAGGAUUGUUAAGAGGAUAAUCGUCAUGCCGGACGGCACAAGAAGGGAAGUGGAAGAAGAGGUGGAAGAACCUGUUGAUACACCUGCAGGAGAUGACUAUCUUGUUAUUGACAGGGAAACUGAAAAGGUUACAAGAAGAGUAGAAGAGCCUGAAGAGAGACCGGAAAUGGUGCCAGAAAGAAAGCCAAGAAGAGAGCCAACGCAAAAGCCUGAUUCAGGGUUGAAAGAAGAACCAGAAGAGCCUAUUUCACGUAUGGUUGUUGUAGAAGACGAGUCAGCACCGAUGGAAUCUCCAGAAGAACCCGAGAAAGAAACUGUAACAUCGGUCACUGCAGAUGGUCGUGUUAUUCGAAAGACGGUGACUGUGAGGAAACGAAUUGUCAGGAGGAUCAUCCAGUUACCUGAUGGGACACGAAAAGAGAUUGAAGAGGAGGUUCCUGUUAGUGCAGAUGAGAAAGACAUUGUCGAAGGCAUGGAGGUCACUGUUGAUGGCAGAGAAAAAAUGGUGUUGCCAGUUGAGGAUGUGACUGUUGUUAGGAGAGAGACCACUCACAAAGAACCAAGACAUGUUGAAAGGGUGUUUGUGACACGCAUUCUGAGGGAAAGAGAUGGCAGUGAACGUGUGGUGGAAAGCUCAGAAACUGUUUUACCAUAUGACGUUGGCCGGGAGGAUGAAGAAGAACCCGAGAAGGUUGAAGAAGUUAAAGACAGCCGUGGCCGUGUGACUAAGAGAAUAACAACUAGUGAAGUGUUUUUGGAAACAAGAAGGAAGCUGGUGAAAAAGAGUCAGGUUAUGCCAGAUGGAAGUGAGGAGCCUCUUGAAACAAAGGUUGCAGAACCAGAAGAUACCAAGGAGGUGAAGGCACCUGUAAUUAAACGCAUUGUAAAGCGUGUAGUGCAGCAACCAGAUGGAAGGGAAAGAGUGGUUGAAGAGCCGAAAUCUGUGAAACCAAUUGAAUUCACUGAGACUAAAGAGGAUUCGAAGCCAGAUGUAAAUGAGAAGAGAGAAAGAGGCAAGCGUGUGCGCAUCUUCACGAAGAAGGUAGUUGAAACAUUCCAGAGGAAGACAGUGAAAAGAGUAACGAAAAAGCCAGACGGGAAGCAAGAAGGUCCUGAGGAAGUUGUUCGUUUCAAACUUGUCGAUGUUGAUUUUUCGGAAAGCCCUAAUUUGCAGGAGUCGGUUGAAGAUGUUAAGGAUAAGAAAGGAAUCGUUAUCCGUAGAAUUGUUUUGAAGGCUGUUCCUGUGGUUACCACUCGCAAAGUUUUUCGAACCAUUGUUGUGUCUUCUGAUGGAAAGGAGGAGUCGGUUCAAGAAAGGGUUGAGGACUUCAAAAAGCAUUCGAAAGUUGCUCCUCUCACUGAGUUGAAAGUUGAUCUCCCUGUUGAUGACUUCAUUGAUGCUUCUGAUAUGUCCACUGAUAUGUCAUCAGAGCUUUGCAUCCCAAAUAUCAAGCCAAAACUUGUUGAAAGAGUUUCUGUAUCUUAUGUUGUGAGACACGACGAUGGCACUGAGCAGCAAAUCAAGAAAUCUGAUACAAUUUCACCGAUGUACCCAGACUCUGAUGAUGAGAAGGGCGAAUAUACUGAGGUAAGCAAGAACGAGAAGGGAGAUGUCUUAGUUACUGUCACGCCUGUAUAUUAUUUGACCAAAAAAGAGUUGACAAGGAAAACAAAGAUCGAUUCUUUUGGCCAUGAAGAAAUUGUUGAUGAGAAAGUUAUCAACGAGGAAAAAUCUGAGAUCAAAGCACCAGUGAUAAAACGUCAAGUUAAGAAAAUGAUAGAAGAUCCAGCUGGUGAAGAACGGGUUGUGGAAGAUGUUGAAUAUGUUGAACCUUUUGAAGUCAUCGAGGAAGAAGAGGAAGGAAAGCCUGAUGUGACUGAAAAGUUUGAAAGUGGGACGCGAUUUAAAAUAUUGGAAAGAAAAGUGACUAAGACCUUGAAGAAGAAGUUUUACAGAAGAACCUAUCAUAAAACAACUGGUAUGAAGGAAAGGCCCUCUGAGGAAGUGACAAUUCGGUAUGUGGAGCCAAUUGACUACAAAGUGGUUGAAAGAAAGGAGCAGGACAAGGAUGGAAACGAAGUAGUGUUGAAAGAACCGAAGUAUGUCUUCCCCGAAGACGCUCUUCCGAUGUCAAAAGAUGUCAAAGAUAAAAAAGGUGACGUGGUGAAGAAAAUCUUACUUGAACCUAAGCCUGUAAUUACGGCUCGCAGAAUUUCAAGAGUUAUUGUCCUUGCGCCUGAUGGCACUCAGCAAAGUGUGCAAGAGAAUGUUGAUGAAAAUGACCAAGUGCCCCAGCUGGAGAGGCAUUCUUCUCAGCGCAGUUAUGACAAAGUAAACAUUAGUUAUUCGACUUCAGCAACGCAAAGUGGAUAUGGAAAGUCACAACUGAGUGAUGUUACCGGAAAGAAAAUCACGUCCUUUGCAGUUUCUGAAGAAAGUAAUGUAACAGAAUCAGAGAAGGUCAAUUAUUUUGUGAAAGAAGAAAUACAAGGGACGCAGAUGCAGCCAAUGGUUGAAGCUUUUAGUCGUGUUACAGAAGUUGAGGAUAGUGCCACUACAGAUGUGACGGUAGCUGUCCAAAUGGCAGGUACGGAAAAGAUGGAGCCGAACAAAGUUGAAAAAGUGUACAAUACAAAGAUUGUUUUGAAUGAAGAUGGCACAGAAAGGGUAAUCGAAACAUCAGAGACAAUUAUUCCUGUUUUUAUGUCUGGGAAGCAGUUUGCGCGGAACGGUACAUUUAUCAAAAGGGAGCGUAUGUACGAAAAGUUAUAUAAUGUUGACGAUGAAGGGGAAGAAACGCUUUACCAAAGCAAAGAGAUCGAGCCUGAAAAGGUGGUGGAUCUUGGCGACAGUUGUGAUGAAAUAAUCUCCGAUCAAGAUGACCCUAAGCCCUUGAGAGUCUUCAUUACAAAAGAUGAAGGUCUCCCAGAGAAAACUACUAUAAGGGAAAAAGAUAGAUCUGUGCAGUUGAUAAAAAGAAAAGUCAGAGAGAUAGACAUCAAACAAGUAGAGAGAUUGCAAGGGGUUGAUCAUGGUGUACCGAUAGAGGAAGCUGUGUUGCCGGUUGAGCCGAUAAGUGUAACAUAUGUAAAAAAGGUACUGGAUAGAGGUGAUGAAACGAGUGUCGAAAUUGAAGAGCCUAUGUACAAGAUGCCCGAAGGAUUGACUGAUACAGUGGAGGAGGAAAAAGACAAUCAUGGAAAAGUUUUAAGAAAAAUCGUUUCGAAGCCUCUCCCUGCCGUAACUUCAAAGAAGGUUUUCCGCACUGUUUUUGUUACUUCUAAAGGCUCGGAAAUUCGACGCUCCGAGCACACAGAAGACACGCUGAAAAUGACCGAGCUGAAAGAUUCCGAAACAAAACCAAAGAUCGAACGGGUUGUGGCAGAGGCAGCACUGGAGGAGGUUAGGAAAGACGAACAUACUAUGGAUUUACCUGUGGGUUCGAUUAGUGACACCGAGCCUAGAUUUGUUAUUCGUGACGGAAAGAAGUUCUUUGCCAAAGAAAUUAACGCUGUUGAAGCAGAAAUACCAAGUGGUUUAGAAAUCGUACCUAAACAUCCGAAAAAAGUUGAAAGAAUCUUUUCUACGAUAAUAGAACGUUCCACUUCUGGUCAGGAUACGAUAAAAGAACAAUCUGAAGCCAUUUUACCUAUUGGCCAGUACGAGGAGGACGUGGAAAAAGUUGAUACGAUCAAAAACAACCGUGGUACCGUUGUAAAUAAAGUUAAAACAUCUCCUAUAGCCAUUUCAAUUUCUAGUACAUCUAUUCAUAAAAGUGCAGUUCUUUCAGAUGGGAAAGAAAUUCCCAAAGGCACAACAGUUGUACAGAAGGAAGAGCCACAGGAAACAGUUAUGCCAGUUGUUCGAAAUGUCGUUAAGGGAAAAUUGAAAGGAAAGGCGGGAACAGCAUUGUAUUUCAAGGAGAAGAAGUUGGUCCCGAAACUAGAGACAUUGCUGAAAAAGGAGCAUGGAGAAAAUGUUCGUGUCGUCAAAAGAAAGUCUGUUUGUAGAGAUUUCAAGAAAGCAAUCAAGCGGCAAUGGAAAACUGCUGAUGGGAAGCCCGAGGGUCCUGAAGAGCAGUUGAUUAUCGAGCCAGUCGAAGUGACAGACUACAAAGUGGUUGAAAAGAAAGUUAAAGAACCUGGUAAAAAAGAGAAAGAGACACUUGAAACUUCUUAUUUGUUGCCCAGUGAAAGCUUUAAAGAGCCUGAGGAAAUUAAAGACAAAAAGGGUGUUGUAAUAAAAAGAAUUACAAAGCUCCCUCUUCCUGUGAUAACUGCACGAAAAGUUUAUCGAAUCACUAUAAUUUCACCUAAUGGAGAAGAGCUAAGCACUGACGAAAAAGCUGUUGACCAGGAACUACCAUGUGAACCCCAAGAAGAUGUCGAGGAAGCCAAGUUAUCGUUUUUCCCAGCGCCUGUAACGGCAGCAACUGAAAAGCCAAAAGACCAAUCAAGACACCCAGCAAAGAAAAGUCCUGAGGCUGCAAGAAAGUCUCCUACACAGCGAAACAAAAGCUCUGUCGAAGAUGAAACAAGAGAGACGUCGCCUGUAUCAGGGAAGAAGUUGCCAGUUUCAGGGAAGAAGCCAAAGGUUGAUGAGAAACAAACACCAAGUCCAGAGACUAAACCUUCAACAACAGGUCGCCCGGUUGUAGAUGAAACAGGGAAGACGUCGCCUGUAUCAGGGAAGAAGUUGCCAGUGUCAGGGAAGAAGCCAAAGGUUGAUGAGAAACGAACACCAAGUACAGAAGCUAAACCUUCAACAACAGAUCGCCCGGUUGUAGAUGAAACAGGGAAGACAUCGCCCGUAUCAGGGAAGAAGUUGCCAGUGUCAGGGAAGAAGCCAAAGGUUGAUGAGAAACGAACACCAAGUCCAGAUGCUAAACCUUCAACAACUGAUCGCCCGGUUGUAGAUGAAACAGGGAAGACAUCGCCCGUAUCAGGGAAGAAGUUGCCAGUGUCAGGGAAGAAGCCAAAGGUUGAUGAGAAACGAACACCAAGUCCAGAUGCUAAACCUUCAACAACUGAUCGCCCGGUUGUAGAUGAAACAGGGAAGACAUCGCCCGUAUCAGGGAAGAAGUUGCCAGUGUCAGGGAAGAAGCCAAAGGUUGAUGAGAAACGAACACCAAGUCCCGAGGCUAGACCUUCAACUGAUCGCACCAAGAAAGAGCAAUUGCCCCAAAAGGUUCGCAAAGAAAAAGUGCACACUACCAUCCAGCCAAAAGCCGAGGCAGUUGAAGAACUCAUCCCAUUCACAUUUACAGAUGAUGUGGAAUCAACGCCAGACAUAUUAGAGCCUAUGCUGGACAGUAAUGUAGUCUUUGGUAUGACUGAUGCACCAAGAAUGACGGUAGAUGAAAAGGAGGCCAUCGGGAGGGAAUUGUUCCAGGAUGAAUUUAGUGACGAGGAAGAUUUCAAACCCCAAGAGAAACCCGUUAAGGAAAGAGAAAUCCCCAGGCGGUUCGAAUCGGCUGUCAGGAAGGUUACUUAUGUGAAUUAUUGGCAGAAAAGGAAGGAGAGUGUGGAAAAGCCUAGAUUACAGCCUGUGGAGGAGCACAUUUUAAGAUUUGGAAGACAAGAAUGCCAGUUGAAAAGACACUGGGAGGUUGUCAUUAAAACGGCAGAUGUCGAAGAGGAUUUGCCAGACUAUGAAUCACAUAUGAUGUGGCUGACAUUUGUUGAAAGAGAGCUUUCGUCUUCAAGCCCUGUCAGUUAUCGACUGGAUGAUCUGCAAGAACAGAAAACGUACCAUGAGAGCCUUCUUGAGGAUUUAGAAAAUCACAAAGCUACGAACGAUGCUUUAUUAAAAGCAAUUGAGAAGUUGCCCAGUAGUCUGGAACCAGGCACGGAGAGGAAAGAAAUAAUUGAAGAACUUGUGGAUACUUCUACGCGAUUUAAUCGCCUGUUGAAGAUAUCGGAGGAAAGAAAGAAGUUGAUUGAGGAGGUAGAGCCAAUGGUCAAGGAAGAAAAUGACCAGAUUGCACCAGUCGAAAGUCUGAACAAAGAAGCUGAGAAGAUUUUGUCUGAGAAGCCUAAGGUUGUCAAUAUUGACACCAUCGAAGAGAAGAUCAAACAGUUAAGGGAUCUGAAACAAGAGCUUGUUGAACACGAGAAAACACUUGGCGAUAUCAAGGCAACAAGUGCGAAACUCUCUAGAUUUAGAACAAAUGAACCUGUUAAAAGAGCAGCAACAGAUCGCUGUGAGAAAGUCCUGGAAAAGCGUGAAGAAAUCAUAAGAUUGACUGAUGGGCAGCUUUUUGCACUGGAGAAACAGCGCGACAAAGCAAAGGCAUUUUACGAUGCGGUUAAGGAAAUUGACGAUUGGAGGCCAAAGAUUGAGGAUAGUCUUGGAGAGGAAGAACCAGUUUCAAAGGACAUAGAUCACCUCAAAUCACAGCUUGUUAAAUACGAGGGACUAAGAAAGGAACUUGACAGCAAAAGACCGAAUGUUGUGUUGAUUCAGGACAAUAGUCGAUGGCUGAUUCAAAAUCUUUAUGAAACAGAUGCAAGGGGAAGGAGACAUUCAACCGCUGACGACAUUUUUGAGAAACUGAACAAAACAAACAAUGUUGUAGAGAAUAUAAACGACCGAGUGUCGGCUCGACUGCAGAAAUUGAAAGUAUUCAUCGCGGAAGUAGAGGACUUCCAGGAACUGAUUGAUAACUUUGAAAAAUGGUUGAAAGGAACUGAAAAGAACUUAGAAACUUUUAAGGUGUUGCCAUUUACUGUAAAGGAAACCAAAAGCGUACAAGAAAAAUUUCAGCCACUUUAUGAAGAUAUCAUGAAUCAUGAUGCUCUUUUUGGCGAAUUGUUGAGACGCGGGCAGCAACAAACUGACGCACUGCAACCUGGGAGGGAGAAGGAAAAGACGAGCAAAAGAAUAAAGGACAUAUCAGACCGCUGGCAGAAGAUAAAUCGCACUGCGAAGGAGCGCAAUGAAAAGAUUUCACGUCUGUACCCUUGUGUCGUUGAUUAUUAUGAAAGUAAAUCGGUUCUUGAAGACGUCAUCAAAAGUGGCGAAAACUGCUUGAAAGUUGUGUCAUCUUCAGGAUUCGACGUUGAAACUGGACGAAAACAAUUAAAUGAAAUCAGGAAAACCCUGAAUGGGUUUGAUCGCCAGGAGGAAUUAGUGGUGUUCAUGACUCGAUCUGCAACUGCUAUUGAAGGGUACGUGUCAGACAAGUCGGUGCUGUCCCUGAAGAAAGGCUGUAGAAAUUGUGCUGAUAAAUUUAGUGAGGUAAGGCGAAAGCUUAAAGAUAAGGAAAUUGCCAUUGAAAGAGAUUUGCAUGAUGUAGAACAACUGGAGAACCUAUUUUUGACCAUUGAAGACCGCAAGAUGGUCAUCGAGCAGCUGCAGAAUGAAGUGAAUGAAAGCAGUACUGAAUUGGAUGAUAUACAAAGAAAUUUGGAGAUUACAAAGGAAAUCAUGGUAAUCGUGAUGGAGAUCAUAACUAUCAUUGAAAUCAUCGAGAAGCUAAUCAUCGUGGUAAAGAAGAAGUAUCGGGACUCAUCAACGAUUUUGAAGACCAUUGUAACCAAAGAAAGUGAGAUCAAAGUCAUAAGGACCUGGACCAUUGAGACAUCUGAAGUAAUAGUCGAAAAGCAGAAAAGUAUUGAAAUCAAAUUAGGCAAACAGGAGGAUGUGACAAAGGAGCUUGCCCAAGUUUCAGAGGAGCUUUCCAUGAUCGAGGCACAUUUGUUGACCCAGACACCGAUUUCGGCAGAUUAUCAUGUUUUGAGGAGCCAGCAAUCAGAGCAUUCGGCAAUAACGCUUGAAACAAGCUCUUUGCAACACUCGGUAAAGCAAGUAGUUGAAGACGUCAAAGAAAAACUAAAAAAUGUGGAAGCUGAGAAAGAGAAAAUGUCUUUGAGUGCAGCUAUUAAUGACAUCGAGCGUCGAUGGGAUGUUGUAAACAAGAAAGUUACAAGUCGCCAAAACUCUAUUAAGAAGCUUCAUCCUUCUGCAGAAGUAUAUAGAUCAGAAAGUGAAAAGCUAAUGCCAUGGCUUCUAACUGUUGACAAAGAUAUUGCUUUAGUUAAGCCACUAUCAAGUCGUCUUGAAGUCCUUGUUCAGCAGAAGAGGGCAAUUGAGGAUUUGGUUAAAGAAAGUGAGCAGAGGAAAGUUGUUCUUGAACGAUGCAAGAGUUCAGCAAAAAUGUUGCUGGAUAUUUCUGGGACUGAAUCAAAAGACAAGCAGAUAGUAGAUCAAGAAACUGUCAAAGAAGAGGUCUCAUUUUUCAGUAAGAAGUUCCAAGUGGUAUCAGAAAAGUUGAAUGAUGUCAGAAAGCAAGCAGAAAACAUCGAAAAGGAAUUGACUGUGUUUUACGAUAAGGAAAGAGUUCUAGAAGAUUUGCUAGAAGAAGUGGAUGACAUUGUCGAUGGCAAAUGUGCUGUCUCAACUUUGCCAGAGAAGUGCACGCAACGCCUUGAAACUCUAAAGAGCUUCAUUGCGCGAGUCGAUAACCAAGAAAACGACUUGAAGGCCUUCACCAAAGCCGCCGACAAUUUGCAUAAGCUGAUGGACCAAUACGAAAGUGAAGAUGAAGAAAUUACUGAUAAAAAGGUGCACUUAAAUGAGCGCUUCCGAAAUGCCCGUGCUAAGUUGACUGAAAGACUGUCCGACUCUGACCAAGUUUUAAACAAGGCCAAACUGUUCAGUGAUGCUGUGAAAGAGUCAUACAAAUUGGUCACAAAUCUCACAGAGAAGACUGAACCAAAGUUGAAAGGCAUGCCAAGUGACGUAAAGAAGUUAGAAAGUCUCGUCAAAGAUGUCGAGGAUUCGAUGAUGGAAUUGGUGAAUAUUAGAGUAAAGCUAGAAAAUGGGAAGAACUAUGGAGAUUGGUUAAUAGAAAAGAGUCGCCAAAACCCACUAGUUGUUAACGAAGUGACAGGUCGCAUAGGCGAAGUUACAAAGUCAGCUGACAAGAUCUCUCGUCAUCUCAGUGUUUUUAAGAAGGAGUUAGAGAACAAGUUGAUACAGCAGAAAGGCUUCGUGGAACUAGUAGAAGAUUUCGGAGCCAAACUUGAGAAAGCUGAACAAAAGGUAAAUAGGUUGCGACCUGUUUCUGCGAGGUAUUUGACUGCACGGAAGCAGCAUGAAGACUUCAAGCCAAUUUUCAGGGAAAUCCAGAGCUUAAAACAAGUGAGCGAUGCCGUUAUGGUUGAAAAGGAAAAAACAGAGCAUGGUACAGACAGUGCUUUGCUGAGCAGCGAAACAGAUGAGAGCAAAAAAGAUGCUGCAAAGAAAGUAUCGGAGUUUGAAAGCAGAUGGGAAGCGUUAUGGAAAAGAGCAACAGCCUACCAUAUCCAAAUAACAUCAGUAUUGCCCUUUGAGGAAAUGUACCACUAUACUGUGUUGAAGUUUGCACCCUGGAUUGAAGAUGCGGAAAAGGCUUUAAGCGACGUCGAAAAAGCAAAAGAUGAUACACUGACCAAGAAAAAGAUAAAGGUGCUUCAAGAUGACAUUAUCGAGCAUGUUCAUCUGCAGCAAAAUGUCGAGUCUUGUGCCGAUGCCUUAUUUCAGUCGUAUGAAACAAACAAAAUCACGGCGGAUGUUUCGCAAGUGCGAGAGGAAAAACAGGAUUUGAUUGACAGGUGGGAGAGACUAAGAUCGAAUGUGAAAGAAGUAGCAAAGAAAACGUCACAGGUCGAAAAAGCCCUUGCAGAGUACGAAUCUGUUGUUACUCCUGUGGAGGAGCUCAUUGUUCAAGUCGAGCGGAAGUUGGAAGAAGAAUUGCCUAUGAGCUGGGAUGUUCUUGAGAUGGAAGACUACCUUCAGAAACUGAAUUUCUCAGUGGAAGAGAUGGACAGUCACGAGGGCCAAGUUGCAGAAGUUGCAAAUGCGGAAAAGCGCGUCGAGGAAGUAACAAGACACAAGGCUGGUGACGAACCAAGGACCAAGACCGUUGAAACUACAACAAACAAGUGGAAGGUGGUAAAAGACAGGUUGGUUGAGAAACAAAAGAAGGAUGAGAGCAAGCUGAAGCAGGUCGUACAGUAUGUUUCGUUGACCGGGGAAUUGGAGAGCUGGUUAAAGGAUACUUCAUUGGCAGUUAUGAAAAUCAAAUCAGACAGUGACAAUGUGGACGACCUUAGCCAUCAGUUGGACCAUGCAACCAUAAUGCAUGAAGAAGUGGCAAAGCAGCAGAUGAAGUUGGAAUCUGCAGAACACGCCGCUGAACGAUUGAUUGCAAAUAACGAAGACAAACCACAGUUUGUUGCCAAUGUAAAAGCGAAAAUAGCCAGCAUCAAGAAGCCUCUAUCAGAAGUUUCAGCAUUCCUCGUUGAAAGGAGAGCCAAAUUUCAGACCGCGGUGCUUGAAAUGCAGGACCUGGAUCAAACCAGAGAGAAUUACGAACAGUCUGCCGUUAAGAUUAACCAGAAAUUGGAUGCACAAAGUUUCACAACCCUUGAUUAUGAAACCUUGGCUAAGCAAGAAGAUAUGCUGAAGGCCAUCGAUUCGGAAGCUCUGUCGCUUAAAGCGAUCCAGGAAAAGUUCUCAGAAUUAAGCAAAAGCAAAAUCGAGGAAACGAGGUCGAUGAGACAAAAGGAACUUUUGAACAGUCGUAUACAAGAAUCUUUCGUAACCUACGAAAAGGUAUGCAGUGAUCUUAAGAGCAACAAGGCGAAAAUAAAUCAGUUAUUGGGACCAUCAAAGAUAUUCGCUGACAAAGAGAAAACUUUUGCUGUUGUUUUGAAGAGGGUGGAAUUGAAAUCAAUGGAAUUGGAGGAGAUUCCAAUUGAAGCUGCAACAAUCCCUUCCAUUGUGGAGGAAAGUAAUGUGCUCAUGAAGGACGUAGAGGACCACGAAGUGUUGUACCAAGACAUGGUUAAAAUUUUCAAGGAGCUUUUGGUCGCUGCAAAGAAAGAGGUUCCGGAUUGUCAAUUUGAAGAUGACGAGAAAAAGGUAAAUGGUUACGUUGACAGAUGGGAGAAAACGAAGAGAAAAGUUUCAAAGAAGCAAAGUGAAAGUAAAGAAUUAUUGGCGUUAUUCACUCGAUACAGAAAUCUCCAUGGUAAAGUACAUGAUGGUUUGCCAAAACAAAUCGAUAGUGCUCUAAAAGAGAGCAUGAUCAAUGGAACAAACACAAAGAAAACAGCGGAAGAGCUGAAGAGGUUGAGGUAUGUUUUCUUUGCCAACAAUUUGAUAGAUAUCCCGCUCUCCCUGUUUUGCCCCAUUUCAAAUUGGUUCUUCUGAUUUGUCAAUGAUUUUUCGUUUUGUGAGUUUUUGUAAAAUUUGCAUUUCGUCUUCCAGUUUUCAUUCGGUUGUCGCGACGUUUUUGUUAAUGUUUUCAUGUGUUUUUGUUAUGGUAACUGUGUAUGUCAUUAAGGUUUCUUUGGUGAAAACGA